CGGGGGAAAAAGAAGAAGAAAAGAAACUGACAUGUCGCUAAAAAAACUGCUCCGCCUCCGCGUCCCCCGGCCGCACGCGUCGCGCUCUGUGCUGCUAUAAACGACGAGAGCCUCGCCGCGCACUCGACGCGCAUCUUCCGAAAUAGAGAAAUUGCCACGGAUCGAGGGCGACCGAUAAUGGAAGGCGAGCAGCAGCAGCAGCAGCAGCAGAGCGUCGCGGCGGUGAGGCCGUCGCUGGGGAAGGCGCCGUCGCCGUCGUUCCGGCUCCGGAACGGCAGCCUCAACGCGGUGCGCCUCCGCAGGGUGUUCGACCUGUUCGACCGCAACGGCGACGGCGAGAUCACCGUGGACGAGCUGGCGCAGGCGCUGGACGCGCUCGGCCUCGAGGCCGACCGCGCCGGCCUGGCCGCCACCGUCGGCGCCCACGUCCCCGACGGCGCGGCGGGGCUCCGGUUCGAGGACUUCGAGUCCCUCCACCGCGCCCUCGGCGACGCGCUCUUCGGCUCGCUGGACGUCCCCGAGGACGGCGGCGGCGGCGGCGGCGGCGACGAGGAGAUGAAGGAGGCGUUCAAGGUGUUCGACGUGGAUGGCGACGGGUUCAUCUCCGCCUCCGAGCUGCAGGAGGUGCUGAAGAAGCUCGGGAUGCCGGAGGCCGGCAGCCUGGCCAACGUGCGGGAGAUGAUCUGCAACGUCGACCGCGACAGCGACGGCCGCGUCGACUUCGGCGAGUUCAAGUGCAUGAUGCAGGGGAUCACCGUCUUUGGCGCCUGACCACUUCUUCCAUCCAGGGUAGCCAUGGCAUCCGCUCACCCUCACCUAGCUUCUGAAGUUCUGAAAACAAAGACGUAAGAGAAGGCACUAGCCAAUACUAGAUCGCAGCCAAGAUCAGUAGGUUCGGUGUAAUCUUUUUAAGCUUAAGGCAAGGCAAUUCCACUUUUGUUGCAGCUACGACCUUAUCCCUGUUAGUGCCUGUUUUGUGCAUCGGAAUGCAGUGCAGGGCCUGAGUUUCGUUUUCUGUGGCCUUCAUUCGCACAACUUGUUGUGUGGUGAGGUGGUGUUGAUAUUAUACAUCUACAUGGACGUACGCUUGCUAAUCUAGCGAAUAGUGAUGUGGAUGUUCUUGACCCUAGCUAUCUCUAACUUUCACGUCAACCUUAAAAAUUCGGUGUUUGGUUUUUA